AGUGGGUCACGCAUGCGCAGUGACCCCGGCUGGUCGGCCGCCCGGCCCCGGGAGAGAUCGGUGGCUCCAUGGGAGGAUGAAGGAGAUGGUUGGAGGCUGCUGCGUGUGCUCGGAUGAGAGGGGCUGGGCCGAGAACCCACUUGUCUACUGCGACGGACACGGGUGUAACGUGGCUGUGCAUCAAGCCUGCUAUGGGAUUGUACAGGUACCCACUGGUCCCUGGUUCUGCCGCAAGUGUGAGUCCCAGGAGAGGGCCGCCCGGGUGAGAUGUGAUUUGUGCCCCCAUAAAGAGGGGGCACUAAAGAGAACAGACAACGGAGGUUGGGCACAUGUUGUGUGUGCCCUCUAUAUCCCAGAGGUCCAGUUUGCCAAUGUCCUGACCAUGGAACCCAUUGUGCUGCAAUUUGUGCCACACGAUCGCUUCAAUAAGACCUGCUACAUCUGCGAGGAUCAGGGAAGGGAGAGCAGAGCUGCAUCUGGAGCCUGUAUGACCUGCAACAAGCAUGGCUGUCGGCAAGCAUUCCACGUGACAUGUGCUCAAAUGGCCGGGCUGCUGUGUGAAGAAGAAGCUCAAGAGGUGGAUAAUGUCAAAUAUAUUGGAUACUGCAAAUACCAUUUCAACAAGAUGGUCCGAGACCCACAGAAGGUCUCCCGCCUUCCUUGUCCAUUUGUCCCAGGCCGAUGCAGUCGCUCGGGGUCCCCUCUGGAUAAAUCCCUCCUGUUUAGAGAGCGACAGAAAAAGAGUCAUAAAGAUAAGGAGCGCGUAAAGCACCGCAAGCAUCGAGAUUCCCCCGGCCACUUAACAGUGCCCUCUCUGCUGCCAGUACCUGCUGAGAAGCAUGAGACAAGUACAGAGAGUCCAGAGGUCAUGAGAUCAGAAGUGAAAGCAAAAAAACCAUCAAGCCACAGAGGUCGCAAAACAGGUGGCAAAGGGUCAGCUGGAACUGGAGGGUCCCUUCCAUCAGGUAGUGCGUCCUCUCCUCCAGACCUGAUCACCUUUCCUAAACUAGAGGAACAGGAUGAGGAAGAAGAUGAAGAGGAAGACAAUGAUGACGAAGAAAGAGGAGGUCCUUCCAAACCAACACCCACAUCCCCACCAGAGCUGACUUUCUCCAGCUUUGGGUCCAUAAUGCGUUUCUCCACUGACCCCAGCCCAAACUCUCGGACGUGGGAUCCAUCUCCUGGGGAACAUCGACCGCAGAAGUGGGGCAGGGAAGCAGCAGAAGGACCGCGGGAGAAAAAACACAAGGGAAACAAGAAGAGCAGACAUGGACCUGGUCGGCCUCGAGGGAGCAAAAAUAAUCCUUCUCAUAGCACUGCACCCCCCACACUAACUGCGCCACCUCGGCACUAUACCCAUCAUUCCUCUCUGCACAGUGUCAGCCUUGAAUCCCCUCUGCUCUCCUCCGGUAUCUACACCAGUAAUAAGGACCCUAUUUCUGUCAGAGCAGCCUGCAGCACCCCUCUGCCCUCAAGCCUUCUGUCUCACCAGAGUUCCCUCUCACCGUAUAGCAGGGGCUGCUCCAUUACUCCAUCUUCCUCAGCCUCAACUACGCAGGUAUUUUCUCUGCCUGGUUCCACAUUCAGUAUUCCCUCCUCUCACAUAUUUGGAAGCCCUCUUUCUAUGCCUCCUCUUCUCAGCCAAGCUGAGAGCCGCACAGAACCUGAGCUGGAAGACUGCAGCUUUGUCUGUAGGGGGAGUUCCCCCCGGGAAAGCCUGUCCUCUAUGUCACCCAUCAGCAGCCUGCCACCUCUCUUUGACCCAAGUGUCCCCAGCAAUCAGAAUGAGAGUGUUCCGCAUGCAACAGCCAAUCUUGAGCAGCUACUGGAAAAGCAUGGCGAGGCAGGGGUUAACAUUGUAGACAUGCUCCAGGCCCUGCACGCUCUGCAGAAGGAGAACCGCUCUCUUCAGGAUCAGAUAAUGACGCUCACGGCUCGCAAGGAAAAGCUCCAGCUGCUCAAUGUUCAGCUCUCGUGCCCGUUUCCCCCAACGCUACCACACGUCAGCACACACCUAGUGGGCUCCCAAGAGUCUCUCUGCAGUAAAAGUCCAACUUCCAAGGGAAGCUUCCGUGCCGAGAACUCUUCUUCUGAGGAUCCACAUUCAGGCUGCCCCAGCAGAAGUAGCUCCUGUCUGUCUUUGCACAGCACUCCUCCCCCAGGUCCUCUCACUCAGACGGGGACCCAGCUUUCGUCUCUAGGGGCAGAGCAGCUAAUGAACGGGCUGGUACGAGCUUCUGCCAGUGGGGGCCCUUCCACACUAGCAGCCUUUCCAUUCUUAGGGGCAUUGUCAGGCAACCCAGGAACUCUCUCGCUGAAUGGCAUUCUGGGAGCUGUAAAUGGAGGUCUACAGGCGUCCUCGGGGCAGUCCCAGAAUCCUCUACUCAGCAGCACCACCAGUGCACAGAUACCGGCCAGUUUUGCCAACCUGAACACACUCUCAGAGCAGCAGAGACACCUUGUCCAGCAGUUACAGCAGAUCACAUCUGCACAUCUUUCUACGGAACAACAGAGCAUUUUGUUUCAGCUGGUCCAGCACAUCCAGCAGAGGAGGGACUUGCAGCGCCUAAUGACAUCACCGCCUGCCCCGCCUUUGCUUCCCGUGACAUCCACUUGCACUGCAAUGUCAUCAUCACCUGCUCCGCCUGUUCUCACUGCACAGGCCCCCCCCUUCCUGGGGUCCCCAGUAGAGGGGGGGGUAUCGAAAACAGCAAGAGCGGCUGAGAAGACUCCGACAAACCACGAAAAAAGCUAAACCAAAGUCCCCGGCACUCGCCGACAUCCCUAGGACACUGUUGUACAUCCGCUGUAGGAGAGCGGAGCUCUGCCCAUGGCUUGUCACCAGGAGGGGGACACACGGCAACUCAGCAGGAAGCAUCUGCCACAGAAUACAUGCCAGAGAGUAUCCUGCCGAGAAAUCCGUGUGUAUAAACCGUGUGUAUAUAUUUGUGUGUUUUUACUUAGGUUUCAUGCUGAGCAAUGUGUCAUUCCCUUCUAAAGGAUUUUACAGUGCAGAGCACUUUGUUCCCGUAUACACGCUGAGCAUACAGCGAAGCGCUCCGCCUCUGUGUGUAUAUCAUUGAGAAUAGUGUAUGUGUUAUAUAUAUAUAUAUAUAUAUAUAUAUAUAUAUAUAUAUAUAUAUAUGUAAUACAUGCAAACCAGGCAGACUGUUGUGACUCUGGCCUUUCUUGUUACCCACAAGGGGGUCACAGCCGCCCUAUACUUUUUAAUAAAUCUGGCACUUUGAGGUAAA